UUUCCCAGAGUUCCUUCGAGCUCCCUAGGUUCCCGCGGGGGCUGAGGCGGCGGCCGCCCGCGGGGAGGGGACUUGGGUCUGCUGCGGAUUGGGUGAGGAGCGGGCAGAGCAAGGGACACUGUCCCAUUUCCGAGAGGCCCCAGAAACCCUGCUGUUGGGAGCCUAGGCAUCCUGAAGUCCCGGCUGUGCAGCCUAGCAGAGACCCCCGCACAUCUCCAUAGGCUGUACAGUGGAGAGCAGACCCCAUACGGGGUGCGAGGGCCGGCUGCAAAGCACCGCUGUCCCACUUCAGGGCUUCGCGGAAGAGCGGCGCACUCCACUCUAUUACAGCUCCAGGGUGUCGGGCGUACACUCUUACCCUAAACUGCCCGGGCUCCCGGACCCCAAGGCCCUACCCUGACAACCCCGCAAGUCUGGGUCGCGGUAACUAGUGCUUGUCGCCUGAGAAGACACCAUUCUACAUUGGAGAUCGUGACUUCCAAACCAGGGCAAGUGGCUUCAAAAAGACGCUGGAGGACAGAAUCCGUCUUGGGGGCGGAGCGUCGGGGAGAACGGUCACAAGCAGGAAGCGGAAGCCCUGCCCACCUCUCAACUUCUCCCAACCUGUAGUAGCACAGGUCUAGGUCUUCCUCUUACUUUUGUCCAGCCUGGUCCCGGGUGAUGGCUCCGCUAGGGGAUCCGCGGCGCCUCUGCAAGCUGGUUCAGGAAGGCCGCCUGUGCGCCUUGCAGGAGGAGCUGAAAGUAGCCGGAGGUUGCCAGGGGCCGGAAAUUGCAAGAGGCUGCCUGGGGCCUGGCGGGGACACCCUUCUCCACUGUGCAGCCCGCCACGGGCACCGGGACAUCCUAGCCUACUUAGUGGAGACUUGGAGUAUGGACAUUGAGGCUGCCAACCGAGACUACAAGCGGCCUCUGCAUGAAGCUGCCUCUAUGGGCCACCGGGACUGCGUGCGCUACCUCCUGGGCCGAGGUGCAGCUGUGGACUCCUUGAAGAAAGCGGACUGUUCCAUCCUGUUUGGCCUUAGGACUCCUCUGAUGAUGGCUUGCACAAGGAAGAACCUUGAAGUGAUCCAGGACCUUGUGGAACACGGUGCCAAUCCACUGCUGAAGAACAAGGACGGCUGGAACAGUUUCCACAUUGCCAGUCGAGAAGGCGAACCUGUGAUCCUCCGGUACUUGCUCACAGUCUGUCCAGAUGUUUGGAAAACAGAGAGCAGAAUUAGAAGAACUCCUUUACACACUGCAGCAAUGCAUGGCUGCUUCGAAGCAGUGCAGGAGCUUCUUGAUAGGUGUCACUAUGAACCAGACUGUAGAGACAACUGUGGUGUCACGCCCUUCAUGGAUGCAAUUCAGUGUGGCCAUGUUAGCAUAGCCAAACUGCUCCUUGAAAAACACGAGGCUUGCUCUUCAGUUGCAGAUAGCCUGGGGGCCCAGGCUAUACACCGAGCAGCAGUCACUGGGCAGAAUAAAGCCAUACGAUUCCUGGUGUCCGAUCUCGGCAUUGAUGUGGAUGUGAGAGCAAAGUCAACCCGGCUCACAGCACUUCAUUAUGCAGCUAAGGAAGGACAGACGAGCACAGUUCAAACUCUGUUAUCCUUGGGUGCUGACAUCAACGCUAAAGAUGAAAGAAAUCGCUCAGCCCUGCAUCUCGCCUGUGCAGGUCAGCACGUGGCUUGCACCAGGUUCCUCCUGAAGUUAGGACUGAAGGAUUCUGCAGACCUAACAGGCACCCUGGCCCAGCAACUCACACAGAGUGUAGAUAUCCUCCAGUACUUUGACCACGACGUGGAAUCAUAAGGACGUUGGAAGAGGAGGCAGUGAAGUUCAUGGUGAUUCACAUAGAGCUUUUUCAGUUACCGACAGAUCAGUGAGUUAUUUCCAAGCCCGUGUUUUCAUCUCCUGCCUUUCCUUCUGCAUGUUCUUCUGCUGAAUGACCAGGAGUCUGGCUUCCUGGCAUGUUGUAUGAUCUUGAGCAUAUCCAUCUUUUUCUUUUUUAAACUGUAAUGAGCAUUGAACUCAGAAGCUGGCACAUGCUAAGCAAUUGCUGUGCCACUAAAGUCAUUGCCAGCAAAUAGAAUGAGAUUAAACACCGAGUAUGGCGAAUCCUUAGGGAAGUGAAUGUAAUAUAUAUAUAUAUAUAUAUAUAUAUAUAUAUACAUACAUAUAUAUAUAUAAUAUGUAAUAUAUGAAAGUGUAAUAAAACUAGAAAUAUAAAUUGUUAGCCCUUCAUGGUGGUGCAUACCUUUAAUUCCAGUACUUAGGAGGCAGAGGCAGGCGAAUCUUUGUGAGUUUGAGGCCAGCCUAGUCUACAAAGUGAGUUCCAGGAUAUCUAGGACUAUACAGAGAAACCCUGACUUGAAAAUAUAUAUAUAUGUGUAUGUAUGUGAUAUAUAUAUAUUGGUUUUACAUAUAUAUGCAAUUUGCUGUUUACUCAAUUAUAAAACAUGGUUGACCUAUUUAAUUUUUUUCCUUUAUUAGCUUUUAUGUGGCCAUUUUGUUUCAGUGCCAUUUUAAACAACAUUUACAAGGAAUUUUUUGUCACCUUUUUAUAUUCUCAGCACUGCUAGUUGAACUAAGUUUUUCAUUUGUUUGUUUUGUUUUCAGUGUGAAUGGAUAGUUUGCCUGCAUAUAUGUCUGUGAGUCACAUGCCUGGUACCUUCAGAGGCCAGAGAAGACAUCUGAUUUCCCAGGACUAGACUUACAGACAGUUGUGAGCCUCCAUAUGGAUGCUGGGGAUCAAACCUCAGAUCCCCUAGAGAGCAACCAGUACUCAUAACCACUGAGCUGAGCCAUCUCUCCAGCCCCAGGAAUAAGACUUAAAGUUUUAAGAACUUUUUGUUUGUUUUAAUAGACAAGUUUAAUCAUGAGCAAGACCUAAUCCUCAUUAGUUUAGUAUGAUCCAGCGAGUACUGUUGCACACCCACCUGCAGUAUUGUGGUUGCCUUGGCAAACAGCAAAGACUUCCAACUCCUCCUAAUAUCCUCCUGAGGAGUUCAUAAGUCUCUGUUUCUAACCACCAAAUAAAUGUUCCUGUAAAAAACACA